AUGCCACCCACCCGGCCAUACAAGGGUCCUACGCGGAAGCUUGUGAUAGCCUUCGAUGUCGGAACAACAUACAGUGGCGUCGCAUAUGCCCUCCUAGACCCUGGAGAAGUACCACGAAUCCAAGGUGUCACUAGAUUCCCCAGUCAGGAGAACGCUGCAGGAGACUCGAAAGUCCCCUCAAUUCUAUACUACAACCCUGAUGGUUCCGUGAAAGCGAUUGGCGCAGAGGCCGCUCUACCUAGUAUUGCGCUCGACGCUGAAGACGAAGGUUUGCACUUUGUAGAGUGGUUCAAACUCCACCUCCGUCCUCGUACAUUAGCAUCAGAGGAUGCCAUUCAAUCCAAGGUUCCUCCCCUCCCACUCGGGAAGACGGUCACAGACGUCUUUGCUGACUUCUUGCGAUACCUGUUCACAUGCACGCGAAAGUACAUAAUCGAGACGCAUGCAAAUGGCGAAUACCUCUGGAGCACAGUUGAGAAGAACAUUGAGUUCGUGCUCGGUCAUCCGAAUGGCUGGGGCGGAAACCAGCAGGCGAAAAUGCGGCAAGCAGCAGUACAAGGCGGUCUGAUCUCGGACAACGUGGCUGGAUACGAUCACCUGCACUUUGUGACGGAGGGUGAAGCGGGCCUGCAUUUCUGCCUGCAAAGUGGACUGGUCACCGAAUCUGUGAAGAAUGGGCACAGUGUUAUCAUUCUAGAUGCAGGCGGUGGAACCGUUGAUUUAAGUACCUACAGGUUUGCGUCUGUGUCGCCCAUGGCUGCCGAGGAAAUCGUCGCACCGGAUUGCAUCAUACAGGGCUCGACAACAGUCAAUGUCCGCGCUCAUGCGUUUCUACAAGAGAAACUCAAAAGCUCUGCAUAUGGCAAUGAGGAAGACAUCAAAACUAUGCUCGAGUACUUUCAGACAUCAACGAAACCAAUAUUCAAAGAUGACACAGAGACGUCAUAUAUCCGGUUCGGGUCUAUGUCCUGCAACGACCGUGCAGUAGGCAUACGAAGGGGCCAAUUGGCCGUCGAAGGGAACGACGUCGCAUCCUUCUUCCAACCUGCGAUAGAUGCCAUUAUGAAUGCCGUUCGGGAGCAGCAACAGGCAGCACCUGAUACAAGUCGUCCCAAAAUGGUGUUCCUUGUCGGUGGCUUUGCUGCCAGUCCGUGGCUCUUCUCACGGCUACAAAGCGCGGCGCGCGGCAUAGGCCUCAAUAUUUCGCGCCCGGAUCGACACACUAGCAAGGCGGUCGCGGAGGGUGCUGUGUCAUUCUAUCUCGACAACUGGGUGUCUGUCCGUGUCGCGCGUGUGACAUAUGGUGUCAAGUGCAGCAUUCAGUACAUUCCCUCGGCACCUGACCAUGCACAGCGCAGUUCUACCAUUUCUCAACGACCAUCAGGAAAGCAACUCAUUCCAGGGCACUUUUCCGUACUUCUCGCGAAGGGUACGCGCACUCGAGAAGACGAGCAGGUGACCCGUGCGUACCGCAGAGAAGCACCUGAGGCGAACCUGCUCGACGCUAUUGCUGCGGAUAUUACUUGUUACCGGGGCAAGUCGAAGGAGCCGUGCUGGACAGAUGUUGAGCCGGAUAUGUAUUCGACGCUGUGUACCGUGCAUGCGGACACAUCGCACGUGCUUAAAAAGAAGCAAAUUGGACCAAACGGCCCGUACUAUAGCCAGGAUUUCAACGUGAUUCUGCUUUGCGGUCUGACAGAGCUGAGGGCACAGAUCAGCUGGAUGGAGAAUGGCGAAGAGAGACGUGGCCCCGCGACCAUUGUGUACGACGAUGACACCGAAGCGGUCAUUUGAUGUUCCCUUUGCCAGUUGCGAGUCAUUAAUUUGACCAUACUUUGGUGCCAUCCGUAGCUAGGUCAAAUUAGAUGAUGUGGUCACAUUACCUCUAUUCAUACGUUCGCAUGAUCCAU